GUAUUCUUACGCUGGGAUCCGCCAUCUUGAACAGUAAAAGACACUACGGUCAGCCAGAGAAGUACCGGUGAACCGGUCAUUAUUCCUUUUUAUUACAUUUCGUGAAGCAAAAGUUUAACCAGGACUGGUUGGAUAUUAAAAUGACACAACAGCUGCCCAUCAGAUUCCAGGAGCAUUUGCAGCUCCAAAAUGUUGGAAUCAAUGCUGCAAAUAUUGGGUUCAGUACCCUUACCAUGGAGUCUGACAAAUUUAUUUGUAUUCGAGAGAAAGUGGGAGAAACUGCCCAAGUUGUCAUCAUUGAUAUGAAUGAUUCUUCUAAUCCUAUAAGAAGACCCAUCUCAGCAGACUCUGCCAUCAUGAACCCUGCUAGCAAAGUUAUUGCACUCAAAGCUGGAAAGACCUUACAGAUUUUUAACAUCGAAAUGAAGAGUAAAAUGAAGUCCCACACCAUGACAGAGGAAGUUGUUUUCUGGAAAUGGAUUACUGUAAAUACAGUUGCCUUGGUAACAGAUGUAGCUUGUUAUCAUUGGGGCAUGGAAGGUGACUCCCAACCACAGAAGAUGUUUGAUCGCCACACUAACUUAGCUGGGUGUCAGAUCAUUAACUACAGGACAGAUGCUAAACAACAAUGGCUGCUGUUGAUUGGUAUAUCAGCACAGACGGGGCAGGAGGCAGCACAAAAUAGAGUAGUAGGAGCCAUGCAGUUGUAUUCUACAGAGAGAAAAGUCAGUCAGCCAAUAGAAGGACAUGCUGCUGCAUUUUCCACCUUUAAAGUAGACAAUAACCCAAAUCCAUCAACCCUCUUUAUGUUUGCUGUACGUGGAGCUCAGGGAGGCAAGCUACAUGUAAUCGAAGUUGGACAACCACCACAGGGUAACCAGCCAUUUGCUAAGAAAGCAGUAGAUGUAUUCUUUCCACCAGAAGCACAAAAUGACUUUCCUGUAGCAAUGCAGGUCAGUCCAAAACAUGGAGUAUCUUUCUUGAUUACAAAGUAUGGUUACAUUCAUCUGUAUGACAUUGAGACUGGAACAUGUAUUUAUAUGAACAGAAUCAGUGGUGACACAAUCUUUGUAACAGCACCACAUGAAGCAACAUCUGGAAUAAUUGGUGUCAACAGAAAAGGACAGGUUUUAUCAGUGAGUGUAGAAGAGGACAACAUUGUACAGUACAUCACUAACACCUUAAACAACCCAGACUUGGCACUCAAAGUAGCAACCAGGGCCAACCUGCAAGGUGGAGAAGAUCUAUUUGUCAGGAAGUUUAAUGCUUUGUUCCAAAGUGGAAAUUAUGCUGAAGCAGCAAAGGCAGCUGCUAGUGCUCCCAAGGGUAUAUUAAGAACACCACAGACAAUACAGAGAUUCCAGCAGGUACCUGCUCAGCCAGGUCAAACCUCACCAUUGUUGCAGUAUUUCGGUAUUCUGUUAGACAAGGGCCAGUUAAACAAGUAUGAGUCCCUAGAAUUAUGUAGACCUGUGCUGCAACAAGGCAGAAAACAGCUGUUAGAGAAAUGGCUCAAAGAGGACAAGCUUGAGUGUAGUGAAGAACUUGGGGAUCUGGUAAAACCUACAGACCCAACUCUAGCUUUAUCUGUUUACCUAAGAGCUAAUGUUCCAAUGAAAGUCAUUCAGUGUUUUGCUGAGACAGGACAAUUCCAGAAGAUUGUAUUAUAUGCCAAAAAAGUCAACUUCACGCCAGAUUUUAUCUCAUUGUUAAGAAACAUAAUGAGAAUUAACCCAGAACAGGGUUUAGCUUUUGCACAGAUGUUAGUUGAAGAUGACGAACCAUUAGCUGAUCUAAAUCAGAUUGUGGAUGUGUUUAUGGAGUUUAACUUGAUACAACAGUGUACAUCAUUCUUACUUGAUGCAUUAAAGAACAACAGACCAUCAGAAGGUCCUCUACAGACUAGACUUCUAGAAAUGAAUUUAAUGUCAGCACCCCAGGUAGCAGAUGCCAUCUUAGGGAACCAGAUGUUUACACACUAUGAUAAAGCACACAUUGCACAGCUCUGUGAAAAAGCUGGACUUCUUCAGAGAGCUUUAGAACACUACACAGAUUUGUAUGACAUCAAGAGAGCAGUUGUCCACACACAUUUGUUGAACCCAGAGUGGCUGGUUAACUACUUCGGAUCACUGUCAGUAGAAGAUUCAUUAGAAUGUCUUAAAGCCAUGUUGCAGGCCAACAUCAGACAAAAUCUACAAGUCUGUGUGCAGAUAGCAUCCAAAUACCAUGAACAAUUAACUACAAAUGGACUCAUUGAAAUAUUUGAAUCAUUUAAGAGUUAUGAAGGUUUGUUUUACUUCCUGGGAUCCAUUGUCAACUUCAGCCAGGAUGCUGAUGUACAUUUUAAAUACAUCCAGGCCGCAUGUAAAACUGGUCAGAUCAAAGAAGUAGAGAGAAUUUGUAGAGAAAGUCAAUGUUAUGAACCAGAAAGGGUCAAGAAUUUCCUGAAGGAGGCCAAGUUAACUGACCAGCUGCCAUUGAUCAUUGUGUGUGAUAGGUUUGACUUUGUCCACGACUUGGUGUUGUAUUUAUACAGAAACAGUCUACAAAAAUAUAUUGAAAUAUAUGUACAGAAGGUGAACCCAGCUAGGUUACCAGUAGUUAUUGGAGGUCUGUUGGAUGUUGACUGUGGAGAAGAUGUCAUCAAACAGUUAAUUAUGGUCGUCAAAGGACAGUUCUCUACUGAUGAACUGGUUGAAGAAGUGGAAAAGAGAAAUAGAAUGAAGUUACUUCUGCCUUGGCUUGAGAUGAGAGUACAUGAAGGAGUCAAUGAAACAGCAACCCACAAUGCUUUAGCCAAGAUAUAUAUAGACAGUAAUAAUAACCCAGAAAGAUUCCUAAGGGAAAAUCAGUUUUAUGACAGUAAAAUCGUAGGUAAAUACUGUGAAAAGAGGGAUCCACAUUUAGCCUGUGUAGCUUAUGAGAGAGGACAGUGUGAUAUGGAACUUAUACAGGUGUGUAAUGAAAAUUCACUGUUCAAGAGCCAAGCCCGAUACUUGGUCAAGAGACGAGAUAUGGAUUUGUGGGCACAAGUUUUAGUAGAGGAUAAUGAGUUCAGAAGACAGUUGAUAGAUCAGGUUGUUCAAACAGCUUUGUCAGAAACACAAGACCCAGAUGAUAUAUCCGUGACUGUCAAAGCCUUCAUGACAGCAGACUUACCAAAUGAAUUGAUAGAAUUGUUAGAGAAAAUUGUCCUGGAUAACUCUGUCUUCAGUGAUCAUAGAAAUCUACAAAACUUGUUGAUCCUGACAGCCAUUAAAGCUGACCGUACCCGUGUUAUGGAAUACAUCAACAGACUAGAUAAUUACGAUGCUCCUGAUAUAGCUAAUAUAGCUAUAAAUAAUGAACUGUUUGAGGAAGCUUUCGCUAUCUUUAAAAAGUUUGAUGUCAAUACAUCUGCUGUGCAGGUGUUGAUUGACCAUGUAAACAACUUGGACAGAGCCUACGAGUUUGCAGAGAGAUGUAACGAUCCAGCAGUAUGGAGUUUACUUGGACGUGCACAGUUAGAUGCUAACAUGGUGAAGGAAGCUAUAGAUUCCUUUAUCAAAGCUGAUGAUCCAACUAAUUACAUGGACGUAGUUAACGUAGCCAGUAAAAAUAAUAGCUGGGAAGAUUUAGUCAAGUUCUUACAGAUGGCUCGUAAAAAAGCAAGAGAAACAUUCAUAGAAACAGAAUUGAUAUAUGCCUAUGCAAAGACAAACCGAUUGGCAGAUUUAGAAGAAUUCAUAUCUGGUCCUAAUCAUGCCAAUAUCACACAGGUAGCAGACAGAUGUUUUGAUGACAAGAUGUUUGAGGCUGCUAAGCUUCUAUACAAUAAUGUAUCUAACUAUGCUAGACUGGCUAUAACCCUAGUCCACCUUAAAGAAUAUCAAGCUGCAGUUGAUGGAGCUAGAAAAGCUAAUAGUACAAGAACUUGGAAAGAAGUAUGUUUUGCUUGUGUAGACAAUGAAGAAUUCCGUUUGGCCCAGAUGUGUGGUCUUCACAUUGUAGUACAUGCUGACGAGUUAGAAGAAUUAAUCAAUUAUUAUCAAGAUAGAGGAUAUUUUGAAGAACUUAUAUCUCUAUUAGAGGCUGCAUUAGGUUUAGAAAGAGCCCAUAUGGGUAUGUUUACAGAAUUAGCAAUUUUAUACUCAAAAUUCAAGCCUGAGAAAAUGAGAGAACAUUUAGAAUUAUUCUGGUCUAGAGUCAACAUUCCAAAGGUAUUACGAGCAGCCGAACAAGCCCAUCUGUGGUCAGAAUUAGUAUUUUUGUAUGAUAAGUACGAGGAAUAUGAUAAUGCAGUGAUAACAAUGAUGAGCCAUCCAACCAUUGCCUGGAAAGAAAGCCAGUUCAAAGAUAUCAUAACAAAAGUAGCAAACAUUGAACUUUAUUACAAGGCAAUUCAAUUCUACUUAGACUUUAAACCUUUAUUAUUGAAUGAAUUAUUACUGGUGUUGACGCCAAGACUUGAUCAUACACGAGCAGUCAUUUUCUUCACUAAAGUCAACCAGAUACCUCUUGUCAAGCCUUACCUUCGAUCAGUCCAAAAGAACAACAACAAAGCUAUAAAUGAGGCUCUGAACAACUUAUUAAUUGAAGAGGAGGAUUACCAGGGCCUGAGAACAUCUAUCGAUGCAUACCAGAACUUUGACAACAUAGCAUUAGCCCAGAGAUUAGAAAAACAUGAGUUAAUAGAAUUCAGAAGAAUAGCUGCGUACUUGUACAAAGGUAACAACAGAUGGAAGCAGUCAGUUGACCUUUGUAAAAAGGAUAAAUUAUUUAAGGAUGCAAUGUGUUAUGCUGGAGAAUCUAAAGACAUUGCUAUUGCUGAAGACCUGAUAGCCUGGUUCUUAGAAGAGCAAUAUCAUGAGUGUUUUGCUGCAUGUUUGUUCCAAUGUUAUGAUUUAUUACGACCAGAUGUGAUACUUGAGUUGGCAUGGAGACACAAUAUUAUGGAUUUUGCCAUGCCAUACAUGAUUCAGGUUGUGAGAGAGUAUAUAUCAAAGGUUGACAAGUUAGAACAAUCAGAAGCUGUCAGGACAGAAGAAGAACAAAAGGCAGAAGAAAGACCAAUUGUUCUUGGUGAACAACAGCUGAUGUUAACAGCAGGGCCAGCUGCAAUGAUGCCACCCCAGGCUCCAUCACCUGUACCAGGCUAUGGUGGCCAAUAUGGUGUACCACCUAACCCAUAUGGCUAUGGCAUGUAACAACUUUCCGCAUAAAGCCAACCUUCAAAUUCCUAGGAACAUUAUUCAUUUGUCAUUAUAUCAUCCUGUGUGAAUUAAAGAAUGAUUAUAAAUGGAACAUUCACAGAGGGACCGUAUCAGAAUGGAAGAUGUUCUGUUGAUUGUUAUUGUUUAUUUGUAACUUUCAGAUUUAAGUUAUAUUGUGAUUUUAUUCUGGAACUAUUGGCAUUUUGUGUUGUUUUUAUUGUUGAUAAUGUGUUUUGAUUUGAACAAAAGUUGAAUAAUUUGCAAUAGUUUGAAAGUGCUUAUUAAUUCAGUUAAUUUUUUUUGGAACCAUUUCCUUCAUUAAAUCAUACUGAUUUUUACAGUUUUCUUAUUUUUGAAAAGAUACUCAGUUGAUAUAUUUAUUUAUAGUGUGGAUAUUUUAUCUAUAAAAUUUUGUUAAAUUGAUUUUGAUUGUUUUAUAAAGCUCGGUGCAAAUACAAAUGCAGUCAUUUUGUAUCAAGUUUUAAUUUAGUAUUAAGUGCUUGCCACGAGAUGGCAUUAAAACCUACAAGUCAGACAGCUUAACACCUUAAGAAAUGUAUGAACUAGUCUCAAAUGCAGGUUUUACAAAAAAAAUAUUGUCUUGAGUUAUAUGUAAUAUGACUGAUUUGACAUAUGUGGUACAUUCACAUUUUAUUCAUGUAUCAAAUUUGUCUAAAACAUUCCAAAUGUCUUGUUUGACCUUAUGCUAGAGCUUAUAACAGGGGAAAAUAUAUUUCAAAACCAAUUGACAUUUCAAAUUUAUAUUAGAAGUGUAAUAGCCGUGUUUUAAAGUAAUGAAUAUCCUAGAAUAGAAGAUAGCAAUAAUGUAAAUUCUGGAACUGAAAAGGUUGUAGUGUCUAGGUAUUGGGGAGAAAUAGAUGUUAAUUUUCAUAUGUUAAUUCUGUGUAUCUUGGAGUAAAAUUUAUUAUAAAGAUGUAAAUUUUAUAAUGCUUAAUCAGUUAAGUCAGAAAUGUUUGACUUAUCGAAGAUGCUUGGAAAGUUAAAUAUAGCGCUGUCAUGGUUAAAUAUUAUGCAUGAAGUUUAUAUCUAAAUCUUUGCUUGUCCUAAUGUUUUUGGUUGACAAAGUAAUGUGUGCUUAACUCUUUGUAAAAGCCAUUCAUAUAACUAACUUUCAUCAAAGUAGUGUUAGACAGAGACUUACAAAAAGGGAUAGAAGUUUAAGGAGUAAAAAUUGUUUCUGCUUAAAGGAAAGAUAUCAAAGAUGCAAAAAAUGGAUUUGACUGUUUUCAAUGACUUAUCAAAAGCAGAUAUAUUAAUGUGUUUCCAAGUCAUAACUGUGAGUGAAUAUGGUAGACAAAGAAUGUGAUGUGAAAUUUUUAAGAUGUGUAGAUUUAUUUAUUCUGUAUUAGUGAAUUAGAUAAGCACUUAAUAUAAGAUUAUGUACAUGCAUGUACAUGAUAGCACAUUGUUGAUUUAUGUUGUCCAUUGAACAUUGUAAUUCAGGAAUCAUAUACACCCAGUUAAAAUGACUGGAUACUCUUUUGUGAAUAGUUGUGAUAGACUACUGUCCAAAUUACUAUACUCCUUUGUGGAUAUUCAGGAUAGACUGUGGACAAAAUUACCAUCUAAUUUAUAGAAAAAAUAGGUUGAAAAAAAAGAAAAUGUUGAAACUCUUAAUGGGAAUACAAAUACUUGAUGUAGAUUUUCACCAUAUCAUAAUAAAGUUUAUCAAAAAGUAAAUUAGAAGGAAAUUUUUGAAUAGCUAAGAUCUUUGUUUUAAAACAUUCUAUAGAAUUUUUUUUUUUGUAAAUCAGAUGAUUGUUGUAGGCAUAUUUGUUUAUACAGCUCCAUUUAAGAAUUCAUGUUGCCCAAUAAUUUUCUGUAUUUGCUAACAGAUAUAAGAAGUUAACAAAUUGAUAGAGUUGAUCCAGUCAUUUUAAAAGUACAGUCACAGCUUUGCAAAUCAUUCAUGUGUUUUAAUCCAAUCAAAACUGUUCAGUGAUGGUGUGUAUAUAAUGAAGACUUUUGAUUGGUUGAAUGGUGGCUGUGCCUGUAACACUGUUGUUAUAGACCAUAGUUAUAUGAUAUACAACAAAUAAUUGAAUAAAAUAAAAUGAUUACUA